AUGACGACGACUGCCGUGUCUGCCGCGGCCGACGCGCGCGUCCGGCGUGAGACGUACCACGAGGCCGACGUCGUCGUCGUCGGCGCCGGCGUCUUCGGCUGCGCCGCCGCCUACGCGCUCGCCAACCAGGGCCGAUCCGUCCUCCUUCUCGAGCGUUGGAUGAAGGAGCCCGACCGCAUCGUCGGCGAGCUGCUCCAGCCCGGCGGUCUCGCGGCCCUCCGGAAGCUCGGCCUCGGACACUGCGUCGACGACAUCGACUCGGUGCCCUGCAAGGGAUACAACGUCAUCUACCACGGCGAGCCGUCCCUCAUCCCCUACCCACCCGUCGACGCCGACGGCGACGUCCCCCACAAGUGGUCCGGCGCCGGCCAGGAGGGCAAGCGGCCCGAGGGAAGGAGUUUCCACCACGGUCGCUUCGUCGGCCGCCUGCGCCGGUCGUGCCUCGCGCACGAGAACAUCACCGUCGUCGAGACCGAGGUGACCAAGACGGUCCGCGGCGAGUUCUCGGACGAGGUGCUCGGCGUCGAGUCGCGGACGACGGACCGGCGCACGGGCGAGAAGAAGAGCGACUACUUCUUCGGCCACCUCACCAUCAUCGCCGACGGCUACGCCUCCAUCUUCCGCAAGCAACUCCUCGGCAGCGUGCCCGUGGUCAAGAGCAAGUUUUACGCCCUCGAGCUCGUCGACUGCCCCCUGCCGCAGCAGCACUUUGGCCACGUCAUCAUCGGCAACGCCUUCCCCGUCCUCCUCUACCAGAUCGGCUCCAGGGAGACGCGCGCGCUCUUCGACGUCCCCCAGGGCAUCCCCGAGGCAGCGCCCGCCGCCGGCGGCGUCCGCGGCUACAUCGCCAACGUCGCCAUACCGGCCCUGCCCGACUCGGUCCAGGCCGCCGCCCGGCGCGCCCUCGACGACGGCAAGAUCCCGCGCAGCAUGCCCAACAGCUGGCUGCCGCCGACGAAGCAGGCGCCGCGGGGCGUCAUCCUCCUCGGCGACGCCUUCAACAUGCGCCACCCGCUGACCGGCGGCGGCAUGACGGUCGCCUUCAACGACGCCCUCGUCCUCGCCGAGCUGCUCCACCCCGACCGCGUGCGCAACCUCGAGGACGGGCGGGCCGUUCGCUCGGCCGUCGACGCCUUCUACUGGCGCCGCAAGAGCUACACGUCCAUCAUCAACGUCCUCGCCCAGGCCCUCUACACCCUCUUCGCCGCCGACGACCGCCAGCUCAAGGCCCUGCAGCUCGGAUGCUUCGAGUACUUUCGCCGCGGCAUCACCGACGGGCCCUGCGGCCUGCUCGGCGGCAUCAUCCACAUGCCCUCGGUCCUCGCCUACCACUUCUUCUCCGUCGCCUUUGUCGCCAUCUGGCUCAACGGCCUGUCGGUCAUGAGCGGCCCCCUCGGCCCCCUGAAGCUACCGCUCGCCAUGGUCGACGCCGUCCUGAUCCUGCUCAAGGCCGCCGGCGUCUUCCUGCCCCUCCUCUUCCGCGAGGGCUUUCGGUGA